AUGCGCGCCCCGCCGCUGCUGCUGCUGCUGGCCGCCUGCGCGCCGCCUCCCUGCGCAGCUGCCGCCCCGACGCCGCCGGGCUGGGAGCCGGCCGCCGAUGCGCCCUGGUGCCCCUACAAGGUGCUGCCCGAGGGCCCGGAGGCGGGCGGUGGGCGCUUGUGCUUCCGCAGCCCCGCGCGCGGCUUCAGCUGCCAGGCGCCGGGCUGCGCGGUGCACGCCUCGGCCGGCCGCUCGCUGCGCGCCAGCGUCCUGCGCAACCGCACGGUGCUGCUGCAGUGGCGCCUGGCGCCGGCCGAGGCGCGCCGCGUGCGCGCCUUCGCUCUCAACUGCUCGUGGCGCGGCGCCUACACGCGCUUCCCGUGCGAUCGCGUGCUGCUCGGCGCGUCCUGCCGCGACUACCUGCUGAACGACGUGCACGACAGCGUGCGCUACCGCCUGUGCCUGCAGCCGCUGCCCCUGCGCGCCGGGCCCGCCGCCGCCGCCGCCGCCGCCGCCCCGGAGCCCGCCGAGUGCGUGGAGUUCACCGCGGAGCCGGCCGCCAUGCAGGAGAUCGUGGUGGCCAUGACGGCGGUGGGCGGCUCCAUCUGCGUCAUGCUGGUGGUCAUCUGCCUGCUGGUGGCCUACAUCACUGAGAACCUCAUGCGCCCUGCCUUCGGGCGCCCCGGCCUGCGCCCCGGCCUGCGCAGGCAGCCCUGAGGCGCGGGGCGGCCGCAGGCCCUCGGCUCGCUCUCCGCUCCCCCUCAUUCCCGCUCCCUCCCCUUCAGACCCCCGCCGAGGGCCCGGCCUCCUUCCUGCGCUGGGACCUUAGCAACAUCACAGGAGCUUCCCAGCCGGGCGUCUGCCUCCCGGACUCCGGGCUCAGGACUGACCACUGGGCCCGGAUUGCGGUGCCAGCCGCGUCCAGGGCCCACCCCGCUCUCCAGAGGCCUUUAUCGGGGCGGCCAGGACACGUGGCCCCAUCCAGCAAGAGCCAUCGGGCACCCCCAGAUCAGCGCCCUGCCCCUCUGUCCUGCGCCAAGUAGCCACUGCUUGGUCACUGUGUGUGUUGCAGACCCAGGACCUGGCCCUUGGAGCCUGACCUUCCCCACCCCUUCCCGGUGGGCUUGGGUUAGCUUGUGCCUUAGUGUCCCAGGCCCACUGCCAGAGCUGGCCUCCGUCCUGCUGCUGUCCCCGGGGGUCUGUGGCCCCGCAGUGUGCUUCUGGAGUUCCCCUGGAGACGCCCUUCAAGCUUUGCAGGUGCCCAGUGAUGUCUUCCUAUGUGGGUGUGAGACAAGCGGGAGUCAGGCGGUAGCUCAGCUCCUGCGUCCAGGAGGCCGAGAAUCCGGUGAGGCACCAGCGAUGCGUCCCGGCCACCCUCCGCGGACUGAGGCUAGCCUUGCCCUCCUAUGGGCAAACCCGAGCGGCAGCCACCUCGGUGAGGUUGGGCACUGCCUGGCUCUGUGAGCUCCGGCACCUCCUGGUCACUGUAGCCCACUCCCCUCACUGAGAGAAGCCAACGACCCUGGGCCCUGGCUGGUGCCCCCGCAGCACCCACACCCUACCUCUCCGUUUCUGCUCUGCCUGCCCUGGCGUGGCGCUGGUGUCUAAAUGUCCAUUGU